CAGUUUUGAGUUCAAAGUCAACCUCAGAGGCUAACGAGCCCAAAGAAAUACGCAAGCAGUUUUGAUCAUUUUCAUUCUCAAUGAUUGAGCGUGUGAUGUGCGGUUGAGCCGUUGUAAACAAUGGCUCAGAGAAUAUUUGUGCCUGCGAAUAAGCGGUAUUUAAGCACUGCGUUGACUGUGAGUGAACAAAAACUCGUCUAUUCAGCAAGGACAACCCAGGAUGUACGACCCUACGAGGAAAUGCCUGGACCGAAGCCGAUUCCUUUGCUGGGGAAUAAGUUCCGCUUCUUACCUGGAUUUAGAAAGUACGACUUUGGCGACCUAAUAAAAGUAUCCAAGCAAUUCUACGACGAGUUUGGACCAAUUGUUAAAUUCAGCGGACUGCAGCCAAAAAAUGACCUCGUUUUUGUGUUCGACCCUAAGGACAUUGAAACGAUCAUAAGAGGCGAGGGUCCUUGGCCCAACCGGCCACCGGUCAAAUGCUUAGAUUACUACCGAAAGGUUCACCGCAAAGACAUCUUCAAGGGAAUGGGUGGACUGAUUGUCGACCAAGGAGAAGAGUGGCAGGAGGGGAGACACCAAGCUAAUCCGAUUAUGAUGCAGAUCAAAAUCGUGCAAAUUUACACAUCCAAGAUCGACGAGGUGGCCGAGGACUUAGUUAAAAAGAUUCCCAGUUGGAUGGAUUCAAAAAACGAAAUGCCUGAUGAUUUCAAAAAUAAUCUAAAUAAAUGGGCGCUUGAGUCGAUUGCUAUGAUUGCGUUGGACACGCGUUUAGGAUGUCUGGAGGAAAAGCUCGACCCCGACUCUGAGCCGCAACGGAUGAUCAACGCGGUGCACAGCCUUUUUGAGACCAUGCACAACUUGGAAAUGGGCGGCGAAUCCUUUCUAUGGCCUUUCGUUCCAACACCAUCCUGGAAAAAAUUCUCGGCAGCCGUCGAUUGCAUUUCUGAGGUGAGCCAAAAAUACAUUAGCCAAGCGAUAGAACGGUCGAGCAGGAGACCCGCGGACCAGGAGCUGAGUGCGUUGGAAAGACUUCUUCAAAGAGACCCGAAUCCGAACAGAGCUGUCAUCCUGGCGCACGACAUGCUGUUCGGGGGAAUCGACACAACUUCUGUUGCUCUGGCGAAUUUAAUGCUGCACUUGUCUGAGAACCAGGAAAAGCAGGAAGUUUUGUAUCAAGAGCUGAAGCGAAUCAUGCCUGACCCAUUUUCUCCUAUCACUAGCGAAAUGGUGGAGGAAAUGAAAUACCUGAAAGCUUGCAUCAAGGAAAGCAUGAGAAUGACGCCAGUCGUGAGCGGAAACAUGAGAAAGACGGAAAAAGAAGUGAUACUCUCUAACUACAGAGUUCCACCAAAUGUCGAAAUCAUGAUGUCUCACGCAGUAAUCUCACGGUUUAGCAAAUACUUCCGGGAGCCGGAAAAAUUUAUACCUGAAAGGUGGAUCAGAGGGCACGAGCAAGAGGAAAAAGCAAAUCCCUUCGUCGCUCUUCCAUUUGGACACGGAGCUCGAAAGUGCUUGGGAAUGAGGUUUGCACAGCUGGAAAUCCAAGUAACAUUGGCAAAAAUGAUAAGAAGAUUUCGCUGGGAGUUCAAGUACGGCCCAAUGCAGUACAAAAACGCCAUGUUGUACACACCUAUAAAUCCGCUCAAAUUCACUGUCCACGUGCGGUGACACCAUUUUUAAACGUUUUAUGGCUUUGGGGUCGAUGGAAUAAAAAUUCCAGAAGCGUGUGUGGAACAUUGUAAAAUAA